AUGGUGGGCAGCAUGUGGGUGGCUCUGGGGCUCUCCCUGGCCUGCAUCUCGGCCCUCAGCCUCAUCUCCCCUGCCUGGUUCCAGACCCCCACCUUCUCCUUCGGCAUCCUCACCUACUGCUCCUGGCCUCAGGGUAACAGCUGGAACCAGAGCUGUGGGAUCUUCAGGUCCCUGGACGACAUUCCUGACUUUGCCUGGAAGGUCUCGGCUGCAACGCUCCUUGGAGGCUGGCUCCUGUUGGCCUUCAAUGCAAUUCUCCUCCUGUCCUGGGUCCUGGUCCCCAGAGGGCUGUGCCCAAGGUGGGGUAGUGGCCCAACUCUGGGGGUGGAGGCAGCAGCAGCCAUCGCCACCAUUGUGGGCCUGCUGGUUUUCCCCAUCAGCCUGGCCUCUCCUUUCUCCAAGGAAGCCUGCGGGGCCUCCUCCAUGUACCACGGUGGGCAGUGCCAGCUGGGCUCGGGCUACGUGACCGCCAUCUUCAAUGCAGUCCUGGCCAGCCUCCUGCCUGUGAUCGGGUGGUCCCACAUGACCAAGGUCCAGGGGAGGACCAUCCUCUUCUCCAGUGACACUGAGAGAAUCAUCCUUGUGCCAGAUAUGAGCAAAUAA